AUGGCAGAGGACAUCCUUUCAUUGAAGGAAAUCGAAGAAAAAGCAAAGCAGGUGACUGGAUCACUGUACCCGGACAACCGACCCUCGGUCCGUCAGACGGCUAGCCGCCUCACCGAAGUUGAAGGAUGCACACCAGGAAGACGAGAGGCCAGUAUAGUAGAGGACAGUACGAGAACUCAAGAUUGGCGGGCUAGUCAACCGGGUCGAGAAGUCCAGACCAACAACACUCUCAAUUGUUUCUUGUUUUUUCAUUUUGACUGUACGCCCCCCGGACCGGCCGCCUGGCAGAUGUAUAUAGUCUGCCAGGUCGAGGGGGCAUAA